AUGCGUUUGGCUGACCAGGAGCAUAUGUCGGAGGCAGCAGAGAGCGACUACGGCGGCUUCACCCCGAGCUCCUCGCAGACGCUUCCUGAACCAGCGAGAAUGUCCAUCUCCAGCCUGGUCUCGCAGAAUGAGUCAGACAGAAAGGAGAUCGCCAAGCUGAUCGAGAGGGUCGGGAAGCUUGAGAAGGAGAAGUCGGGUCUCCAGUCGGCACUGGACGAACUCAAGACGAAGCUCACUCAGACAGAGGAGGAGAGGGAUGCAUCUCAGGCGGCCUACCAGCGGACCGAAGGCGAUGUCGCGCGUGUCAGAGCAGACUAUGAGACAGCCCUGAGGCUUUUCCGAGGCACACGGGGCAGCCGCAAGGACUAG